CUUCUUCGUACGGAUCAAGCAGACAUCAAAAAAGCAUGACAUCAAGAUGACAUCGAAUAGGAUGUACAGGACCUGUUAGCCCUCCUUCAGUCAUCUAAGACGCCAGCCGGACCAAUUUCAUCAGGUCAGGCAUCCCAGUCCGGUGAUCAAGCUUCGAUGAGGCCAAAUGUUGGCGUCAGCAGCUCCACCUAUUCGCCUUCCCGACCUGGCUUCGCUCAACCUCCAUAUAGCCAGAAUGGACUUCGUUCGGCUCGUCCUGAUCCUCCUUCCGUCAUACCCUCAAAGCGACAACUAGAUGAUCUUUUGGCUUCUCUAUCAGGUCCUCAAGGAUCUUUUCCCUGUUCGCAGGCUUCAUCUCAUCGUCAAUUCCAACCACACCCAUCAUAUAACUCGAGCGGGCCAAUGUCCACGGCUGCUCCGAGUAGAUCCCGGACUUCACUCAUAGACCCGUUCGGGCCCCUUGGCUCGGUACCAGUGUCUCAAGGCACCUUCGAUCCCCAAGCUUCAUUCAAAUCGCUAGCUCAUGUCUCUCCAGAGAAGUCGGAGCGUCCUGGUCCAAGCGAUGCUGGAAGCGCUUCUAACAGCAGAAUCGUUACCGACAGAGAGAAGCGACAGGAUCCAAGAUAUGCAGAAAUGAGCUUCGCCAAGGCUCUACCAGUCAUCUCGGAGCUUUUGGAGGGCGAGCACUUCAAAAGGGAGCUCAAAAAGAUGAAAGCCGAUCAGGAUGCUCUGGAAAGGCGACUUUGGGCCAAACAAGAGCGAGUCAAAGCGGAACAUGAAAAGGUCGUCCAGGCCGAGAAGGAUAUUGCGCGAAUCUCUCAAAAGCCUAUUCCCAAGGCGAAGCUAAAGCAAUUCGCCGAUAUGCUCGCUUCGGAUCUCGCAGAGUUCUACCUCCAAUCUUGUCUACCACAGAUCGACGGACUCGCACUGAGACAACGGGAAAAACUCCAAGAGCUCGGCGUACCUGGCCUCGGAGGAGAUAUGAAGGAUGACAAGGUCUGCGAGAGGAUAAAGCGUAUCAUGGACCUUUUAGAGGAUGCCAUGGAAUAGCAUGAUCGGCGAUCCUUUUGGAGAUCGUAUGUUGUUACAGUAGUGUAUGUACAACAUUGUAGCUCUAGUGGUUGGUUGAGAUGUACGGUGAGAGAACGAGUGCGGAAAUGGUCUUAUGCUGUGACACUGCGAGGUAGUUCAAUUCUGAGCGAUCUAGUCAGCGAGUAUG